AUGGAAAAAUUUGGAUUCCAUAAAGUUUCAAACUCUCCGACCCACCCGGGCGCUCCGACAAUCACUCACUAUAGAAAUGAUGAUGUUCCACCAAACGUUCCUCCACGUCGAAAUGAUGAUGCCAGAUUUGCUACUGCUCAAUUUGCAGCAGGUGCAUGUCCAUCAAACCAAGUAGCUUUGUCUAAUCGUGUUGCCGUUAAUCCAAACGAUUUCCCUCAAGUUGCUGAUAAUUCCCCCAUUGCUCUUGAUAAUCGAUUUGUAUACCAUAUGAUUAAAGAUCCUUCUAUGGCUCCACACUCAGUCGGUCUUGCUGGUAAUAUGCGUACAUGGGGUGGAUGGUCACUUGGAUCCCAAUUAACUGUGUCUUCAUGGCCCGCUUCUGCCACCCAAUAUUUAAGCCGAAUUGAUUUAUUGGUUGAUUUCCGUUCUAAAUCCAAAGCUCAUUCUUUACCAAUUUCUCAUGAAGAAUUGGUUGAUGUAUUUCUUGCUAAUUACUCAAAUCAAAUCUUACAACCCACUCAAACUAUUGUGAUGGAUUUUAAAGGUCAAAUCUUUCAAAUCUUGAUCAAUUCAGUGGAAAUAAUUGAUCGUCAAACCACUAAAUUGACCCAAUCAACAGAAAUAGAUUUAAAGGGGGUUUUACUUAAACAAACAGAUAUAAACUUUUACCCAUAUCAAGACUCUAAAAUUCAAAUUGUCACUCACACUGGGAACAAACAGGGCAAAGCAAUUACUCAAGUUCGGCCCAGAGCUAAAAAACCAAUCAUUAACCCUGAUUUUAAAUUGGAAGAUUUGGGUAUUGGUGGGUUGGAUGAAGAAUUCAAGGAUAUCUUUAGAAGAGCAUUUAAUUCUCGUAUUUUACCCCCAGAAUUGGCUACUAAAUUGGCAAUAAAGCAUUGCAAAGGUCUUUUACUUUAUGGUCCUCCAGGUACAGGUAAAACAUUAAUUGCUAGAAAAUUAUCUAAAAUGCUUAAUGGUAAGGAACCAAAGAUUGUAAAUGGUCCUGAAAUGUUAAGUAAAUAUGUUGGGCAAUCUGAAGAAAACAUUAGAGCUUUAUUCAAAGAAGCAGAGGCUGAAUUUAAGCAAAAGGGUGAUGAUUCUGAUUUGCAUGUUAUUAUUUUUGAUGAAUUGGAUUCAGUCUUCAAACAAAGAGGAUCUGCUCGUAGCGAUGGUACUGGAGUUGGAGAUAAUGUUGUUAAUCAAUUAUUGUCUAAGAUGGAUGGUGUCGAUCAAUUAAAUAAUAUUUUGGUUAUUGGUAUGACCAAUAGAUUAGAUUUGAUUGACUCUGCACUUUUAAGACCGGGUCGUUUUGAAAUCCAGAUUGAAAUUAGUUUACCUGAUGAAAAAGGUCGUAAACAAAUUCUUUUAAUUCAUACCAAUGAAUUACGUGAAAAUGGAAUGCUAGCAGCUGAUAUUGAUUUCGAUGAACUUGCAACUCAAACUAAAAACUUUACUGGUGCCGAAAUAGAAGGGUUAUGUAACUCUGCCAAAUCCUUUGCUAUAUCAAGACACACUAAAUCCAAUUCCAUUGCUACAUUGGAUAUUCUGUCGAUUAAUUCAAUGAAGGUGAGUCGAGAUGAUUUCCUUUUGGCUUUGGAUGAAGUUGUUCCUGCUUUUGGUACCAAUGAAGAAGAUUUAAAACGUCAAGCACCUCAUGGAAUCAUUGAAUUUUCAGAAUAUAUUAAUACCUUAUUUGUUAAAGGUGAAUCAUUUAUUGAAGAAAUCAAACAUUCUGAAACCGAACAAUUGAUUACUGUUUUACUUUAUGGAGCACCAGGUACUGGGAAAUCGGCCAUAGCUGCUCGAUUAGCUGAACUGUCCAAAUUCCCCUUUGUUAAGCUUUUAUCAGCAGAAAACAUUGUGGGGAUGUCUGAACCAGCUAAAAUCCAAUACAUUGAUAAUUUGUUCCGAGACGUUUAUAAAUCUCCAUUAUCAGUAUUGGUGAUUGAUAAGAUCGAAACCUUAAUCAACUAUGUCCCAAUUGGGCCCCGAUUCUCCAAUGAGAUACUUCAAUUACUUAUGGUAUAUUUGUCUAAGAAACCUCCAAAGGAUAGAAAGUUGUUGAUCUUGGGUACAACGUCUCAAUUCACUACCUUGAAGCAUAUGAAUUUGACAGACAGUUUCACAAAUACCCUUGCCAUUAAACCGGUCAAUACAGAGGAGAUCGGUAAAGUCAUGGCAAAAUUAGGAUUGAUGAAUGAACUGGAAAGACAUGCAAUUGUAACUGAAUUGAGUUCUAUGCGUCCUCUUUCCAUUGGGAUCAAGAAGUUGAUCCAAGUGCUUAUGAACUGUAAGUAUUUGGGAAGUAAUGUUAAUGGUGUAGUCGAAGCAAUCGUUGAAGCUUCAGAAGAUGUCUGA